AUGGCGUUGGAGGCCAUCUGUGCCUGGACAGUACAAAGACAAAAAGCACAACAAAGACAACACACAAACCAAAACAAGAGGAAACACGACAGAGACAGAGGAGAAACCAAAACAACAGGAAACACGACAGAGACAGAACAGGAACCAAAACAAGAGGAAACACGACAGAGACAGAACAGGAACCAAAACAAGCGGAAACACGACAGAGACAGAACUGGAACCAAAACAAGAGGAACACGACAGAGACAGCAGAGAAACCAAAACAAGAGGAAACACAACAGAGAUAGACCAGGAACCAAAACAAGAGGAAACACAACAGAGACAGAACAGAAACCAAAACAAGAGGAACACGACAGAGACAGAACAGAAACCAAAACAAGAGGAAACACAACAGAGACAGAACAGGAACCAAAACAAGAGGAAACACGACAGAGACAGAAUAGGAAACAGAACAAGCGGAAACACGACAGAGACAGCAGAGAAACCAAAACAAGCGGAAACACAACAGAAACAGAACAGGAACCAAAACAAGAGGAAACACGACAGAGACAGAAUAGGAACCAGAACAAGCGGAAACACGACAGAGACAGCAGAGAAACCAAAACAAGAGGAAACACGACAGAGACAGAACAGGAACCUAAACAAGAGGAAACACGACAGAGACGGAACAGAAACCAAAACAAGAGGAAACACAACAGAGACAGAAGAGAAACCAAAACAAGCGGAAACACGACAGAGACAGAACAGAAACCAAAACAAGAGGAAACACGACAGAGACAGAAGAGAAACCAAAACAAGCGGAAAAACAACAGAGACAGAACAGGAACCAAAACAAGAGGAAACACGACAGAGACAGCAGAGGAACCAAAACAAGAGGAAACACAACAGAGACAGACCAGGAACCAAAACAAGAGGAAACACGACAGAGACAGAACAGGAACCAAAACAAGAGGAAACACGACAAAGAUAGAACAGAAACCAAAACAAGAGGAAACACAACAGAGACAGAAGAGAAACCAAAACAAGCGGAAACACGACAGAGACAGCAGAGAAACCAAAACAAGAGGAAAAACAACAGAGAUAGACCAGGAACCAAAACAAGAGGAAACACAACAGAGACAGAACAGGAACCAAAACAAGAGGAAACACAACAGAAACAGUACAGGAACCAAAACAAGAGGGAAAACAACAGAGACAGAACAGGAACCAAAACAAGAGGAAACACAACAGACACAGAACAGAAACCAAAACAAGAGGAAAAACAACAGAGAUAGACCAGGAACCAAAACAAGAGGAAACACAACAGAGACAGAACAGAAACCAAAACAAGAGGAACACGACAGAGACAGAACAGGAACCAAAACAAGAGGAAACACAACAGAGACAGACCAGGAACCAAAACAAGAGGAAACACGACAGAGACAGACCAGGAACCAAACAAGAGGAAACACGACAGAGACAGAACAGGAACCAAAACAAGCGGAAACACGACAGAGACAGAACAGGAACCAAAACAAGAGGAAACACAACAGAGACAGACCAGGAACCAAAACAACAGGAAACACAACAGAGAAAGCACAGGAACCAAAAGAGGAAAUGCCUACGAUAUUCUUCUUCUGA